AAGAGGAGUCAUGCCUUUUAAAAUUGUUGUCAGGAAAAAAACCCACCAACGUUAUCUCAAUUAAGCCAUUACUUUUGGUUACACGUAAUCUGAAGAAAACCGGCGUCGUUGAACGUUCAUUUAAUAUCUACACUUUAUUUGUCUGAAUUAGGAAAUCUUAUUUGCAGACUAUUAAUCUCACAAGAAAAAGAUGUUUUCUAGCAGCUCUGGCAUCAUGAGCAAAGUCUGGAAUUUACAUCACUAUUGCUGCUCUCUUCAGCUUCUCCGAAAAAGCAUUUCCUGCAAGAGAUUAAUUCCAUUCUCAACAAAAUUACGGAGCAUAUGCAGUGAAAGUGGAAUGUGGAACAGUUCAUUUAUUCCAGUAAGGCAUCACAAUCCGCUUCAUUGCGUGAAGCACACAGUUCACACAUACAACAAUCCAGCCAUUCAUAUGUAUCGAUUAUUUACAAAUGUGCAGCGUGUCUGUGUGUCCUGUUAUAGUACCCAUGCCAGUUUUAGUGAUAUAUCUUUUAAUGCGGACCAUGUACAGAUGUUCUUUAAGAAGAUUAAGAAUGAGUAUGAUGAUAUCCAGAAAGAUUUACUCAGUGAAAGUGCUUCAAUCACAGGAAGUAAACUUAAAAAUUUACAUAGAAGAAAAUUGGAACUGUUACCAAUUGUGGACUUGUUAAAAAAAUGGGAAGAAAAAAAUGUUGAGUUGGAAGAGAUCAAUAUUUUAUUACAAGAUUCCAAUGAUAAUGAAAUGAUUAGUCUUGCCAAAGAAGAAAAACUAGAAAUGAUGGCUGCAAUCAGAGAAUUAGAAGAUGAGAUAUUCUCACUUCUUGUGCCAAAAGAUGAAGACGAUGAUACAAGCGAUGUCCUUGUAGAAAUCUCUGCUGGGGUUGGCGGUCAAGAAGCAAUGUUAUUUGCUGCUGAAAUGUUUGAAAUGUAUCAACGUUAUGCACAUUUUCAAAGAUGGCAGUUCGAUGUGUUGGAUGUCGGCAAAAGUGACAUUGGCGGUAUUCGGCAUGCCACUGUUAGCGUGAGUGGACCGGGUGUUUAUUCAUAUAUGAAAUAUGAGGGUGGUGUGCACAGAGUACAAAGAGUUCCCAAGACAGAGAAGCAAGGUAGAGUGCAUACCAGCACCAUGACUGUCGCUGUCUUACCUCAGCCAAGAGAGAUUGAUUUGCAGAUUAAACCAAGUGAUUUGAAAAUUGAGACAAAGAGAGCUAGCGGUGCAGGUGGUCAACAUGUGAAUACAACAGAUAGUGCUGUAAGAAUUGUCCAUUUACCAACAGGAAUAGCCGCAGAGUGCCAGCAAGAAAGAUCACAAAUUAAAAACAAGGCGAUGGCAAUGAAAGUACUGGAAACUAGACUUUACAAUAAACAACUCGAAGAACAACAACACAUACAGAGGCAAUCUCGGAAACUACAAGUUGGCUCAUCUGGAAGGUCGGAGAAGAUUCGCACUUAUAAUUUCAACCAAGACAGGAUUACAGAUCACAGGAUUGGACAACAUCUGCACAACAUUGAUGGAUUCUUAUCUGGAGGAGAUGAUUUGAAUGAUUUAAUUGAAUCAUUGCAGGAGUAUUACAGCGUAGAGGCUGUCAAAACUCUUAUCCAGGAUUAUAGUCAAAAAUCCACAAUCUCAGAAUGA